AUGGCGGUACAAGGGGUGUUGAAGGAGGGGUGUAGGAGGGUCGUUGGGAAUGGGGUGGACACGAUAAUUGGUUUGGAUCCCUGGUUGCCAGAUGACGACAACCUGUAUGUGGAAACAGAGUUGCACCAGUUUGUCUUCGGGGCUCAGCUAGCUUCUGAGUUUCUUCCCACACGUGAUGCAUUGGCUGCGAAAAGGGUAUCUUGUUCACUUGAUUGUCAUAUGUGUAGGUUUGCCGCCGAAUCUGCGCUCCAUCUUUUUGUCAACUGUGCGGAGGCCAGGCGGGUUUGGAACCUAGUGGGUGUGCCACAGCUGAAUAAUUAUGCAGGUGAUAAUAUCUCUGAUUGGAAUGAAAGUGUCUGGAAGGGCAGUGUGCAUAAUUCAGCCUUGGUGGUGCAGCGUGCCCUAGACUUUCUGGAAGGGUGGCGUGGGGCGAAUCAGGAACACCGUGUGAAUGGGGCGAAUCAGGAACACCGUGUGCACUGGAAGAAGCCGCGGUUGGGCAGGUUAAAAUUAAAUACGGAUGUUUCUGGGCGCCAGGAAGAUGGACAAAUGGGGUUGGGUUGGGUGCUGCGGGGGGAUGAUAAUGGGGGGUUCUUGGCGGCUAAGAAUGUGCUUGUAGCAGGAACUUAUUUGGUGAAGGAAGCCGAGGCCUUGUGCGUAAGAGAAGCUCUCAGCUGGCUGAAGGCUACGGGACUAGGACGCGUGGAAGUGGAGAUGGACUCACAGUUGGUAUGUAAUGCUAUUCGUUCUGUGUCUUUUAGUUCUGCUUUUGGCUAUUUGGUGGAUGAUGUAAAGGAUUUGGCAUCUGAAAUUGAGGGUGUUGAAUUCUAUUUUGUUAAGCGAUCUGUGAAUCGUGCCGCUCACUCUGUUUCUAGGGAGGCCUUUUCUGUGUCAGGUUGCGGGGAGUGGCUGGACUCCCCUCCAUCUUUUCUUGUAAACUUUCUUCAUUCUGAUUUAAUGAAUUAA